UUGACAGAGAGCUUGGACAUAUUCCCAUUUUUCUGGCAGAUUCAAAAGGCUGACUGGAGCAACGCAGCGGAUAUAUUUUGCACCAAAGUGAAGGGAAAAUCAAGCAGAAGAAUUAGUGAACAGGGAGGAAGCAGUGUCAUGACCCCACGAGAACAGCUAAGGAAGAUAACGGCACUGGGAGAGCAAGGUGUUCUAGAUGAGAAACACUGGUAUCGACUGGUCAAUGGAAUGUCUGCUGGAGCAGAGUUGCGGCAGAGGCAUGAGCUCAUGAUGAGGAACCAGAUGGCCAUGGCUCCACAGAUCCUGACUCAGGGGCAGCAGAGAUUGCAGGGUGUGCCUGCACAGUUUGAUCCCCGCUUCAUGGAGAGGGAACUGGUGCAGCCCAAUGAAAUGGUAUCAGCUGAUGCUAGACAAAUCCACAUGGGUACCCAUCUUGGCUCACAUCCCCAAAAUUCCAAUGUCAUUCCAGGAAGAGCAUAUCCUGGAACAGGUUACGCCUUCCUCCCUACUGAAACCAUGGAGACAGUUGCAAGACGACAAGAGUUUAUUCACAAACAGAAUAUGGCCAGGAUGGAGAUGAAUGCUAUCCUGCACCAAAAAGAGCUGGAGAAUGCCCACCAAAAGGGUCUGAUUGGCAUGGAGAAUCCUAUGAUGUACCAGGGCAUCCAACCCAGUCCCAUUGGCUUCAGGGGUCGUCAGCGACUUCCUGAUGGACAUGAUGUGUUUGUCCAUCGCACCGCCCUUGAAGACAUGCAUGCUAACAGUCUCCUCGUGUCAAGCCCCUACCCACCAAUCAGCACAAUGCAAAGGGAGCGAGGGCGCAGAACAGGCAGAAGAGCCACCAAUCAUAAAAGCUCAGACAGCCACCUCUCACUCCACAAAGGCCAAUCAGAAGAGAAGAAUAUAGAGCAAAGUCCAGGAGGUGCUUCUGGGGAGGAGAAGGAGGCAGAAGGGAAAGGUGACCUGAGCAACGAGGCCACAAUCAGCCAACCACUCCAAACCAAAAUGGAAACUGAGCUGUCUUCAGGCAGCAGCAGAAAAAGUUUUAAGGAAGGAGAGCCCGGGAUUCGCAAGGCCUGUAUUAAUGGACAGGAGGGCUGUUCAGAAGUCACCAACUGCAAUGCCAGCACCAGGGACAAAGAUAUACCCAACCCUUGCUCAGCUUUCCAAGAGAAGUUUCUGUACCCUUCUGCCACUGGCACAUUUACAGGCAUGCCCUACAUGCUCCCGGUGCCAGGAAAUGGACUUCUACCACUUGGGCCUCCUAAUAUGUUUCUCAAUGGAGAAGAGAUGUCUUCACAGGAAGAUGUUCGCAAGUGGACAGUUGACGACGUCUACAACUUUAUCAGUGAAAUACCAAGCUGCUCUGAAUAUGCACAGACAUUCAAAGACCACAUGAUUGAUGGAGAGACAUUGCCUCUUCUGACAGAGGACCACCUCCUGGACACACUUGGGUUAAAGCUAGGCCCUGCACUCAAGAUACGAUCACAGUUGUCCCGACGGUUGGGUAACAUGUUCUACAACAUGAUGAACUUGCCGCUGCCUGUAUCUGGCCUGCAACCUGCACCCGAGAAAGGUGGGGACAGAUCAUCAGACAUCAGCUCCCCCCUCAACUGCAACAGCAUGGAGAUGCUCGGCAGUCCCAGGGACACAGAGGCUCGUAAAUCUGCAGAGCCUGUAACUGAAGCUGACAAUCCUUCUCCGACCCAAAUGAGCGAGAUUGCCUAAAGAGGGCAUGUAGAACUACUGGACUAUUCACUAUUUACCUCAAGAAUCUGUUGUGUUGCCCAGUGUAUUUGGCCUGACAAACACUUACACAAAGAUAUAUUUUAAAAUAUUAAUUACAGAUAAUUUAUGCUCUAAUACAAUAGGCUUGCCAUUCAGUCUCAAACAGUUCAUAAGAGUUAGUAAAAUUGUCCAUGCUGUUCACAAUUUUUUCAGCAAAUGUGUAUUUUUUUAAUAAGCUAGCUUUAUUUUGAAAAUGUUAAUGUAUUUUUUUAUUAUACAAUUGUAUUUUGGUUUUUACUUUAAAAUUGAAUUAUUCUGUAUUGUUUGU